AAUAUUUUUUUAUAAUUAAAGUUUUAAGUUUUAUAUUAUAUUAACAUAUUUUAGUCAAAGAGUUUGAUCAACCUGAAUUCAAAACUUAUAUUCCAACAUUGAAGAUGACAGAGUGUACAUCUGAUUAUGUCUAUAUAAACAUGAGAAAUUUAAACAAAGUAGAAAACAACUAAAAAACAGAGAGAAUGGGUUCUAACUCCAAGGAAGUAGAAAAGGUGGAUGAUGCAUACCGUUCUGCUGUGCUGCUGUGUUUCAGCAGAGUCCUCCCUGCAAUUCUAAACGCUGCUAUAGACAUCAAUUUGUUUGAUGUCAUAGCAAAGGCAAAGGGUUCUUCCGAUGACUCAAGUUUUUCUGCUUCUGAGAUUGCUUCUUUGCUUCCAAAUCAACACCCACAAUUGGCUAAUAGGCUUGAAAGAAUGUUGCCACUCUUGGUCAGUUACUCUCUUUUACGUUGCUCUAUUCGCACCAAUCAAGAUGGUAAGAGAGAAAGAGUUUAUUCUCUCACACCAGUUGGACAAUACUUUGCUUAUGAUCAUCAAGGAAUCUCUCUCGCCCCACUCUCAACCUUACUUCAUCGCGGAUUUCAUGACCUUUGGAAGGAUGCAAAAGGAGCAUUUCUGGACCCUAAUUGCAGUAACCAUUUUGAGAGUGUCUUUGGAAUGCUGUCAUAUCAAUAUAUGGAGAAAGAUGCAGAGUUGAACCAAAUGUUCUACAAAGCAAUGGCUCAUGCCGGUCCAAUAGAAGUGAAAAGAGUACUCAAAGUAUAUAAAGGAUUUGAGGGGUUGUCAACACUGGUUGAUGUAGGAGGUGGAGUAGGAGAGACCCUGAAACUCAUUCUCUCUGCAUACCCUUCAAUCAAAGGAAUUAACUUUGAUUUACCUCAGAUGAUUCAAGAUGCACCUCCUCAUCCAGGUGUGGAGCAUGUGGGAGGAGAUAUGUUUGAAAGUGUUCCAAGUGGGGAUGCCAUUUUAGUGAAGUCUAUAUGUCACAACUGGGCAGAUGAAGAUUGUAUAAAAUUUUUAAGAAACUGUCACAAAGCUUUGCCAGCACAUGGGAAAGUGAUUGUUUUAGAUUAUAUAAUUCAAGAGAUUCCUGAUUCAAGUGAUGCAUCUAAACAUAGUACUAUUGUGGACAAUCACAUGCUUUUAGCACAUGGAGGGAGGGAAAGAACUGAGAGUGAAUUUGAGAACUUGUGCAAGAGCUCUGGUUUUUUCAAGUUUCGUGUUGCAUGUAAUGACAUAUCAGCUACUGUGGGAGUGAUGGAGUUCUAUAAGUAGAGCUUUUCUUAAUAUAUUUUUUAUGCAGAAUAGAUUUUGGAACA